GUCUCUUUCAAGAAUGGCCAUUUCAUCGCUAGAGACAAACACAAAACCACAAUACAAGUCAACCACCAAUGGAUCAAGGCAACGAUAGUCGAGUCGAUCUGACCCUCACCAGUCCAUUUCCGCAAAUGGAUUUCGAGAAAGAUAGUCAACGACACAAGCUGAACGGCGGUUCACUACGAAGAGAUCCUCAGCUUAAAGGACCAACAGUAUCCGCGAUUGUCAGUCACGCUUUUUGGGUUGGACUUGGUGUCCGUUUGUUUCUAGCCUGGUUUCUUCCAUGGGCAUUGGAUGACGGUGGAAUACUUCCAGGCGUUUCGUACACUGAUAUUGAUUAUCAUGUGUUUAUGGACGCCGCCACCUACAUUCAGAAAGGAAGUAGUCCGUAUGAUCGAACGACUUAUCGGUAUACCCCUUUUCUAGCCGCCUUACUGUCUCAUUUACCAAGAAAAGGCGGUCGUUUCCUUAUUUGUGUUGCGGAUGCUCUAUGUGGACAAUUAAUUGUAACGAUGCGUCGAAAACAGCGUAAUCUAACAUCCAACGAGAGCUCAAUGGCAGCUUCAUGGCCAAAGAGAUUGGAUUUGAAUUUGGAAGACGUUCUGUGGUGGCUAUUCAAUCCUCUAGCCAUCAACAUUUGCACACGUGGUUCGGCCGAAAGCUUGAUUGUUUUGUUGCCCGUGCUGAUUACCGUUUGGAUUGUCACAUCGGGAGGCAACUCUUUGGCAAUUGCAACGCUUGCCGGGUGUUGGCACGGAAUAGCGGUGCACGCCAAGUUAUACCCUAUCAUCUAUUCUUUAUCGUUUCUGACACAUAUUGCGGUAUCUUACGAUGGACCGUCGGCAGUACAUUUACCAGUGCCAUCAUCAAUUUCUCACAUUUCUGGCUACGUCCAUGGGUGGAAAAGACGUCUGCUCAGGCCCGCGCCGGUGCUUUUUGGUGUUUGUUCUAUUGGUGUUUUCGCCGGGCUCAUCUACUUGUCUCUUCUCUUGUAUGGACAAAAGGCUAUCGAUGAAGGGCUGCUCUAUCAUUUUGUACGUGUUGAUCAUCGACAUAACUAUUCAAUGCACUGGUACUGGAUUUACUUGGGUCGAUCAACAGAAGACGAGAGUAUGGCGCUGGCUGGCAGGCUCUUGCUAAUCACUCAAACGGUGCUGCUCAUCACUACCAGUGUGAUGGUUGCUCCUCGAAACCUAACUUUGGCAAUGUUUGUUCAAACAUUUCUUUUUGUGGCACACAACAAAGUCAUUACGGCGCAAUAUUUCACAUGGUAUCUCUGUCUUCUUCCAUUGUGCAGCGCUUCGUUUCGCCUUACUCGACGUGUAGUUGAGGCGCUUGCAAUACUUUUGGUGUCGGUUGGAUUUUGGCUUGGUUCUGCCUAUAGCUUGGAAAUGCUUGGUUUCGGAUUUCACCGUAUUGUUUGGAUGGCUUCCUUGAUAUUUUUCGCUGCCAAUGUCCACCUCCUUCGGGCACUUCUAGCCUCGGCUCAGUUACACUCCAGCACGCCCGUGUACAGCUUUACUGCUAAAAAAGACUGA